UUAUUUAUUACUUGUUCUGCUGCUUUUGUGUGUAUAAAUGGUUAAAAAAAGGUACAUUUCUAUAGACACCUGUGUCUUUUGUUUGUAUUUUCGGCAGCUUUAUACUUUAAUUAAAAUAAAAUGAAAAAUCUGACUGAUAGCCAAGUUUGUGUAGAGAAAAAGGAGCCAUGCAUGUGAUGUAAGGACAGACUGAAAGAUGCUAAAGAGAGACAGAAAUAAAUGCAUAGGAAGUUGAUACAUUUGAACCAAAAUCUGCUGGACUUCAGAGUUUUAAUAAAAAUAAGUCUGUUUAAUUACAACCCAGUGUGCUGCUAAAAGAAAAUCAAGAAAUGAGUGAUUGUAUCUUAUUUAAGAAGAAGAAUCUUGUGUUUAUUUUCAUGUUUGACGUCCCUAAAAAACUAUUUAAGGAGUGCAAGAUGUGUAAUAAUUGUGGUGAAUCAUUGACAUACUUCCCUGUUGUUUUCUUCUUUUCAGUUUCACUGGAGCAGAUUAAAAACCUUCACAAACGAUUCCAGCAGCUGAGUGGGAAUGAAGAGACAAUAAGUAGAGAAAACUUGGACAGCAUACCGGCGCUCGCCAACAACCCAAUCAGAAAGCAGAUUAUUGAAGCGUUCUUUGAUAAAAGGAACCAGCAUCAGGAUGAGGUGGGCUCCUCUCAGGAGAUUUGCUUCGAGCAGUUCCUCAUGGUCAUGUCCCAUUUCCGGCCUCCAACCUUGAAGACGACGGAUGAGGAGAGGGAAGCUAUGAGAAAAGAGAAGCUUCGCUUCCUGUUCAACAUGCAUGACACAGACAAUGACGGCACAAUCACUCUGGUGGAGUACAGGAAGGUAGUGGAGGAGCUUCUGUCAAAGAGCGGCGCCAUCGGACAGGAAGCUGCCAAGGCGAUAGCAGAUGCUGCCAUGUUGGAAGUGGCGAGCACAAACGUCCCCCACAUGGCCCCGGAAGAUUUCUAUGAAGGAAUUACGUUUGAGCAUUUUGAACAGAUUUUAAAAGGGCUUGAAAUGGAGUCCAGGAUGCACAUUCGCUUUUUGGAUGUAGACACUACAACAAUGCGCUGUGGGAAAAAAACCUCUUGAAGUUGUUGUUUUAAAGAAAUGUUUAUGUUGCUGCUGUUUUUAGCAGAACCACUUUCAGCAGAGUCCUUAAAUGGAACGAAACACUUUUUAUUGCACUAAUAUUUUUGGAUGGAUGGAGGGAAAAUAAAUCAUAGACCUAAUAACGUACAUUUUUAUACAAAUUAUUAAGACUGACAAGAGAGUGGAAGUAUUGGGAAGUCAAAGGACAUUUAUUACUAUUAAUAGUUCACUUUGAACUUCUUUUUCAGUUGCAGAAUGUUGUUUGAAAGAAUUGUGAUCUUACAAGUAGCUAGUGUCACAUAUUUCCCAUCUUUUGCCAAAUUCCUAAUAAUUUUAUCAGGUUUCAAACUAACACACUACCUCUCUGCAUUCUCCUGCUUUUUAUACUGCAAAUCUUUAUGUAACCAGCAUGUAAUGUGAAGGAUUCUUGGUACUUUAGUCAAAUAAUUUCACAUGUUCGAUGACAUCAGUGGUGCUCAGUGGCUGCUCUGGCUUUUGAGGGUUCUCUGUUAUUGCUAACAUCCAAAGAGUGAGACUGCAGGCACAUACCAUUCCUCUGCAGCUCCAGAAUAGUUGGAGGUUGAAUUUAUCUUCUCCUCUGAGACUCUUUGUAACUAACUGCUGCUGUUCUGCCUUGAAAAUGCACUAUUUUUAACCGCUAGUGAGUAAAUCAGACACUUUUCCUGAGAUGAAUUAUUAAGACUUUGUACUGAAUUGUAUUAAUGAACAAAAUAAAUUAAGAAAUGAUUAUAAAACAGAUGCAUGUGUAUGAUUUUCUUUUAUGAAAAUAAUAAAUUGCACUAUUUUUUAACUGCUAGUGCGUAAAUCCAACUCUUUUCCUGAGAUUAAUUAUUAAGACUUUGUACUGAAUUGUAUUAAUGAACAAAAUAAAUUAAGAAAUAAUUAUAAAAACAGAUGCAUGUGUAUGGUUUUCCUUUAAAAAAAAUAAUGAAUUGCACUAUUUUUAACCACUAGUGAGUAAACCCAACACUUUUCCUGAGAUUAAUUAUUAAUGAACAAAAUAAAUUAAGAAAUGAUUAUAAAACAGAUGCAUGUGUAUGAUUUUCUUUUAAGAAAAUAAUAAGUUGCACUAUUUUUAACCGGUAGUGAGUAAAUCCAACACUUUUCCUGAGAUUAAUUAUUAAGACUUUGUACUGAAUUGUAUUAAUGAACAAAAUAAAUUAAGAAAUGAUUAUAAAA